UACAGUGACCCACUUUCAUCAAGCCGCUGUUUCGGUGUUGGUUUAAACUAGCGGCGCGCGGGGUAUCUUUUGGGUUCAGGAGCAGCGCCCAGGGUGGACCCCUCCACACUUGUCUCUCGUGCCUCGGAGGCGCGCUUCACAAUGGUGGAAAACGAGUUUUUAUCCGCGCAAUGAAUCCUGCAAACGAAACCAGAACCGAAAGAAGUACGGAACAGUACAUUUUCGCAGUUGGAACCUACAAACUUCUCGCUUUUACCAUCGGAACCAUCGGAUUGUUCGGCUUUUGUAAUAAUAUCAUUGUUUUAGUACUGUACUGUAAAUUCAAAAGACUCCGGACGCCCACAAAUUUGCUGCUGGUUAAUAUAAGUUUGAGCGAUUUUCUGGUUUCUGCCAUCGGUAUAAACUUUACCUUCGUUUCGUGCGUCAAAGGCAGAUGGAUAUGGACCCAGGCGACGUGCGUCUGGGACGGCUUCAGCAACAGCUUAUUUGGCAUUGUUUCCAUCAUGACUUUGGCUGCCCUGGCUUAUGAACGCUACAUCCGGGUGGUCCAUGCCCAGGUGGUGGACUUUCCGUGGGCAUGGCGGGCCAUCGCCCACAUCUGGCUGUACUCUUUGGCCUGGACGGGAGCUCCUCUGCUCGGGUGGAACCGCUACACGUUGGAGAUCCAUCGGCUGGGCUGCUCCCUGGACUGGGCGUCUAAAGACCCAAAUGAUACCUCCUUCAUCCUCUUCUUCCUCCUGGCAUGUUUCUUCGUGCCAGUUGGUAUUAUGAUCUACUGCUAUGGGAACAUCCUUUAUACAGUGAGAAUGUUGCGGUCCAUCCAAGACCUCCAGACGGUUCAGAUCAUCAAGAUCUUGCGUUAUGAGAAGAAGGUUGCAGCAAUGUUUCUCAUGAUGAUAUCCUGCUUCCUGGUGUGUUGGACCCCCUACGCGAUUGUGUCCAUGAUGGAGGCUUUCGGCAAGAAAAGUAUGGUGUCACCCACAGUGGCCAUAAUCCCCUCAUUCUUUGCCAAGUCCAGCACAGCAUACAACCCCCUCAUCUAUGUCUUCAUGAGCAGAAAGUUCCGGCGCUGCUUCCUACAGCUGCUCUGUUCGCGGCUGCAUUCGAAGCUGUCUUGGCUGCAGCGUAACCUCAAAGAGCGGCCCCUGACUCCGGCCGAGCGCCCCAUUCGACCAAUCGUCGUGUCCAGCACGUGCGGUAGCAGGAACCGACCCAAGAAGAGGGUCACCUUCAACUCCUCCUCCAUCGUUUUUAUCAUCACAAGUGAUGACCUGCAGCGUCUGGAUGUUAGUUCCAAAGAGGGCGGUCCUUCACAGGUUAAUGUCAUCCAAGUAAAACCGUUGUGAUCCACUAGAACUGGACUUCUCACCUCACCACUCAGUAUGCCUUAUAACCUAACAUGCAAAUUCCAAGCCAAAACAAUCCUGUCUGACCUCCCUGGAUGUUUCUGUGUUUAUACACAGUUCCAGACUUUUUUACAACGGAGUGUAAAUAUCCAACCGUGCACCCAAGUUCUCAUCUAAGCCUGUUUGAGUAUUAUGAAAGUGUUGACACCCACAUCAAACAUCUCAAGUGGUGAUAUUAGGUACUUAAUGAUGGAUGUAGUUCUGUACAGUAAGUUGUAUGUUUCUAUGCCAUGCAGCACGUUACAACUGUAGGACUGUGAUGAGUAUUUAGAGCCCAGUUAUGAACCUGAGUUUGAAUCAACAUGUGAUAGCAGACUUCUCUCUUUUUUUGUUUAUUUUCUUUUGGUCGGGACCCAACUCCUAGUGUGUAAAAUGGAAAAAAGCCUUAGCUUCUUAGCCAUAACAUUACUGUAUAUGGAUUCAGUUUAAAAAAAUAUCCUAUUUUAAGCUCCACUACCUAGUUUGUGCACCUUAUCUCAGCUCAUUUCAAUAUCUAGACUGAUGAGAGCAGUCACUGUGACAUUACAUUUGGUGGAAUUAUAUGUUUCAGGAAUACAGGAGUGUAAUUAAGUGAGAGGAGAUGAGAUGGGAGGGGGGUGUUCGUAAUCUUGAGUGAGACACUCCCGUUCAUAACCUCCUGAGCUAUCAGCUAAGAAUAGACGUGAUGAAUGGAUUUCCGUUGCUAAUAAAACCCCCUUUUCACUGUGAA